AUGGAAGCCACCUACACCAAGAAAGGAAAUCUUAGCUAUGACUAUGACGAGAACGCCGACGACGAUUACCCGGGCAGCGAGGGUAACCAAAGUGGUGAAAACGGAGACGCCAACGGUGAAAGCGAUGACGUUGAUGAAGCUCUCGACAACGCUUCGGUAGAUGACAUGGAUAGCGAGCUUGGUGACGAUGUGGCCAGCGACAGCUCCCCUAUUGCAUCCAGUGAUGAUGAGUGGGAAGACGAAGAAGAAGCAGAAACUGAAACUAUCAGCGUGGAAAACAACGACAGCGGCUCAGAUGACGAUGCCAAAUUGAUCGAUGAUGAAGUUGUCGACACAGUGAGCGACAAUAGCAGCUUGGACAGUGAAGCAAAUAAUACCAGCGAAGGAGCUACGGUGACUACCGCAGCACGGUUUGUAGGAGAGUUCGUCAUAUACGACAGGGAAAGCACUACACACCAAGAGCACGACAUCAUCUCGACAACUACGCGAAUUGCUUUGAGGGGUUGGGAGCAGUCCCUGAAAGGACAGAGUGCUAGAAAUCCGCCAACUCAGACUACCUACCAAGCAUGUCAGCCGAUCAAAAAUGACCAAUUGAAGAGCACAUACCAAUCGUUCAACAACCAUCGGACUGCCGACGGGGACCGGAAGAAGAUUCUACGAUCCCUUCCCGAAGCACCGACCCUGCUAGACACAUCGAGCCUCCAUCAAAGUCAAACAUCAGCUAGUGUGCAGAAGCCCACAGGCUCAAAGAAAUCAGCGUUCAAAAAGCUGAAAGACACCGUUCUCAAAGGCCCCACUCGUCAUCGAACAUCAGAAAAAACGAGGAAGUCUGGAUUCAGCAAUCAAACUGAUGGGGUUCACGAGCUCUCCGUUCCGGAUGAAUCAGCUCAGCCGACCGAAGCCACCAAAAUGCCUAAGAUAGCGAAACACGCUCCUGUGUUCCACGAGAUGGAGAGUGUGCCCGUAGUGACUGCCACUCACAGAUGCAGGAAGGCAAAGCAACAGCCUACGCUCCAUGAGCUGGAAGGAGCUCUCGGUCACGUUCCCAACAACUCAAAGCAAAACUUCACGAUCCAUGAAUUGGAGGGAACGAGCGGUCAGACCACCAAAAUCACCAGGAAGCAUUCUACAGUUCAUGAACUGGAUAGCGGUGCUGUGGUAUCUGCGGGCCAGGGUCUCUCCAGAACAAAGAAGCAACCUGUCAUUCAUGAGCUGGAGGGAGUCGCCAGGCGUAUUCCCAAGAACAGAAAUCCACAAGCUACGGUUUGUGAACUGGACGGUAUGCCUGCAAGGUUCGCCAAGCACCUGUCUCAGAAGACUGGGCAACAAUCCAUACUCUGCGAACUGGAAGACAUACCUACGACAGUCACCAACCGUACCCCAACGGAGCCCAAGAACCGUACAACGAUCCAUGAACUGGAGGAUGUGCAUCAAGGGGCCUCCAGUCGCGCUACCGACGAUAGUAAGAAACAACCGAUGUUUGGAAUGGACGGUACGCUACUCACGAAUAGCAUUACCCUCUCUUUGAGAUAUCGAAGUAGCACAAUCACAGAGAGCAAGCCCGACGCUGAAUUAUUGUCUGAUCAAACCCUACUUUGCUCUCGCACCCAUGCUCCUUCCAUGACAGCCAGCGACACAUCAGAACCCUAUAUACCUACUAGCUUCUCCAACCCGCCUAAGGCCCUUCUCAACGGCAUCUUCGCUGGCGUGAGGAAGCGUAGUAGAACGUCUACAAUGGGUAUAUUCGAUCAUUCAUCGCAUGUCAUCAUAGGCUUCAAUCCAUCGGCAGAGUGUUACGGACCUUAUGAGGACGCUGGAUUGCAGAAGUACAAGACGGCCAAAGAUGGUUUAACACUGUGGUGGAAGCCUUACUCGCCAUUUGAUGACUACUUGACUAGCGACGACGAAGUUGAGUGA